AUGGGUGCCGGCAAUAGCGCCCCCAAGCCGCUGGCCACGAGCUUUGGGGAGGAAGCCCCCGGCCGCCGCGGUCCCUCCUUGGGCAGCGUCUUGCUGGAAGGUCCCGAGGCCAACCGCUACAGGCUGCUCUUGGUGACGCCUCUUAGGAUCCAGCUUUUCGACGGUCACGAUGCCAAGCCCGUGGAGCUCGAGGAAUCGGUUGCUGCGGCCGUCAGGAGCCACUCGCCUCUGACCAGCUUCGCCAGCUCUGCCAGCGGUGCAAGCGAAGCCUCGGGGAGCGGUCGAAUGGCCAUCGGCUGCCAGGACGGCGCUGUCCUUGUCUUCAACCUCGAGGUCGGCACAGUACGUGGGCCGCUCCACAACUUUCAAAUCGAGGAGGAUGGCCCGGCGAGGGAUGCCUCCUCUGCCGACCUGUCGCGAAGCGUGACGGCCCUGCACUUGCAUGAGGGCCUCCUCUUUGCUGGUAGCUGUGGUCGCUGUACAUGCUGGGCGUUGGCCGAUAGCGAGCUUCAACGUGAGUUCCAUCUUCCAGGCAGCGAGGAGCAGCCAGCGACGGCGAGCUCGCUCGUGGUGGUCCCGCAGGAGUCUGUGCGACAGCUGUGGGUGGGUCUGGACAAUGGCCUGCUAGUCGUGUUCGAUGUGGAGACCGGCAUGCUGGUCAGGAGCUUCUCUUGCUGUGGGCCGGAGAUGGUGUCGGCGCUGGCCUUCUGCGAGAAGACCUCCGCUGUGUUCGCCCUGUCGGCCCAUAAGCGCGUGAGCAUCUGGGACUCCAAAAGCUUCGCUUGCCUACAAAAAUACCCUGCCGAGCUAAUGACGUGCGGGGCGGACCUCAGCGCCAUGGGGGCCUUCGACGUACCCAAGCUGUCGCUUUCGCUCCUCGUCCUUGCUGGCGUUGAUGGCUCCCUUUGCCUGCGACGGAUCACCCGACGUACAGACAGUAAGCUGAACUGCAUCCUCCUCUGGUACCGUGGCGAUGCUGGUGGGGAGCUGGGUUGCCCCGUUACGGCGCUCAACUUCCACGAGGGGACGGAGACGGUCCUGCUGGGUGAUGCGGGUUGCCGCGUCCAGCUCCAAAACAUCCGGGAGCACGUGACGUCGGCGGCCGAGCUGAUGCAGCCGAGCCUGGUGAAGCGCACCGAGGGAUCGGAGGAGAGCUUGGGUGGCCUGGUCAGCGCAACACAGGGCACGACUGAGCCCUCACCGUCGCAUAGUGAUGGCCCGCCACUGCCACCUCCAGCGGACUCUCCCCCCGAGGUCAGCCCAGCCUCGGCUGGUGCACCAGAGGAGGGCAAAGCUGAGGAGCCUCCUCAGGACCCCAGCGAUGAGAAGCCUCAGACGCGAGAUGGCUAUCCGGGGGAGACCACGAACUCUGCCGCCUUCCCAGUGUUCAACGGCUGA